AUGCGAAAGCAUAAAACAUCGGAUCAACUGAAUAGCUCAUCCAAUUCAUCAUCAUUUUUGCCAACGUCAAGCAACACAACCAAAACGACGUCCGAUCAAGAAGUCACCAAUCAACCUUACGCCGCGAUUGAGGUGUCGGCGUUUGCAGCGGCAGCAGCCGCGGCAGUUGCAGCAGCAGCCGCGUCAGGACCCAAUCCAUCCCUUGCCACAUCUACAUAUCUAGCGGCGGCGGCAGCAGCGGCACAAGUUCUACCGGCGACAGCUGCGAUUGCGGCCCCACAACCGCAAACAACAUCUCAAUUUGCGGCUCUACCGAUGCAAGCACCAGCGCCACCUCAAAAUUGCAUUGUCACCACACAGGUUUGUUUUUAAAAAUCAGAAAAGGGUAAUUUUCUGUUUCACAAGUAAAAAAUCCUUUUUAAAAAAUGCAUUACACUUUUGCACUGAGAAUCUUUUCAUGGAAACUUCUUACUUUUAAGUGAUUAUCGAUUUUCUCUGUUUCUAACCAGUAUAAAUUCGGUAGUAGAGAUUAGGUAAGAUUCUGAAAAUGUUUUGCCAAAUUUUCCUCGAACGAAAUUCCGUUCCAAAAUCAAAUAUUUUAUUGAAUAUCAAUUUUUUCUGUUGCCAAAACCACUUUUUUCUUGUUCUCCUCUUUUCGAAUCUUGAAUAUAAAAUGUGUCUUCAAAUGUUUAUCAGAAAACCGAGUGUUUUUUUGUCUCUUAUAAAAAGGUCUUAUCUGAACAAUAAUACAGUAUGGUGUUAUUUGCAGAAAUCUUCUGAGAAAAAGAAAAUAAGAGACGAGACAAAUUGUUUUUCGCACCAAUAUUAGUCUUCUCUUUGUUUUGUUCCCAAAACGUUAAUUGUAGAUUUCCCAAAAAGUGAAAUAUAGGGGCGGGUUUGUACCAUCUGUUGUUCUCCCCGUCUUUACGAUCAAGAUUUAUAAUUUUCACUGGUUAGGCGGUAAAUUAACUUAUUAGAUUAGCUAAUAAUGAAUCCAUAUUUGGUGAAAAAUGAAUCUAUGAAGGUAAAUUGGGUUUCCGAAAUUACCUCUUUUUAAUUCCAGUAUUUAUAUUUUAUUAUUUUCCAGAAGCUUCUCCCAUUGAGCACCAUCCAAUCAACGGAAACUGAAUCGCGCUCGUUGAAGCGCAAAACUGAUGACGAAGUGAGUUUUUUCUCCCACAAAAAUUUGUAUUAAAUCUAUAAAUAAAUUUUAUAGAAAUUGGCGACUGUCGCUUCAAAAUCAGUGGCCAAACAUCGAGCAGUUUCAUCUUCCGCUUCAUCAACCGCAACAACAAAGAUGGCUCAAAUAUCGGCAAAACCAGUCAGAAGCACCAAACCAUCUGGUGAAGGCGAAUAUCAAUUAAUAAAACAUGAAGUUUUAUUGUCCCCAUAUGGAAAUCAGUAUGAAGUGUUGGAAUUUCUUGGAAAAGGAACUUUUGGACAGGUUUGUUUUUUCCCUAAUUAAAAAAAUAUAGGUCGGAUCUACAAUUGAUUCAAAUUAUUGAUAUUAAAAUUCUGUAAAGCUAAAGAAACUUCACAGUUUCAUUCGAAAAAAAAGUGAUAAUAAGAAUCUUUAGGUUGUCAAAGCGUGGAAGAAAGGAACAAGUGAAAUAGUUGCGAUCAAAAUUUUGAAAAAGCAUCCAAGUUAUGCUCGUCAAGGUCAAAUUGAAGUUUCAAUCUUAUCCCGAUUGAGCAACGAGAAUGCGGAAGAAUUCAAUUUUGUUCGCGCCUACGAAUGUUUCAAUCACAAAAAUCACACUUGCCUCGUUUUCGAAAUGCUUGAACAAAAUCUCUAUGAUUUCCUGAAACAAAACAAGUUCAUGCCAAUGCCGCUGAAUUCAAUUCGACCAAUUUUGCAACAAGUUUUGACAGCCUUGCAUAAAUUGAAGUCACUUGGAUUGAUUCAUGCUGAUUUGAAGCCUGAAAAUAUUAUGCUUGUUGAUCCACAUCAACAACCAUUCCGUGUCAAAGUUAUUGAUUUUGGAAGCGCUUCUCAUAGAAGCAAAGCUGUAACUAACACUUAUCUACAAAGUAGAUACUAUAGGUAAUUGUUCUUUCAAUAAGAUUUUUAAAUAAACUAAACUAAAUAAAUUUUCAGAGCACCAGAAAUAAUUUUGGGUCUACCAUUCAAUGAGGCAAUCGAUAUGUGGUCACUGGGAUGUGUUAUCGCUGAACUAUUCCUUGGUUGGCCAUUAUAUCCGGGCUCCAGUGAAUUUGAUCAAAUCAGAUUUAUUGUACAAACUCAAGGAUUGCCACCAACAUCGAUGCUUGAAAACGCAUCAAAAUUACAUCGUUUUUUCAAAGAGAUGAAAAAUGAUACGAAUAGUAAUGGAGAAGUUGGAGGUGUUUAUUAUCGAUUGAAAACUGUUGACGAGUUUGAGAGUUCUGGAAUGAGCGCAAAAUCAAAAGAGACACGAAAAUAUAUUUUCAAUCAAUUGGAGGACAUUUCACGAGUAAACUAUGGUUUUGAAUCAGAACCCGUUGAACAACUCUCCGAUCGUUUGGAUCGUCAAGAAUUUGUUGAUAUUCUCAAGAGAAUGUUGGUUUUGAAUCCAGAUUUUCGAUUGUUACCUUCUGAAGGAUUGGAACAUAAAUUCACCACAAUGGGACAUCUUCGACAAUAUCAAUGUUGUAAUUAUUUCCACGAGGCUCGCAAACGAAUGGAAGCUUGUGUUCGAACCAACACUGGAAAUGUUCCGCAACCAUUGUUCCGCGGAGCACCACCAGCUACACCAAUGGCACAAGUUUUGCCAGCACUUUCGACAACACUUAACACUCCGGCUCUUCCAACUGCACCAGCUCAACCAGAUCUUGCUAACUUGAUGCAUCAUUACAAUCAAGUUGCAAAUGCUGGAACAGCAACUGCUGCUCAAUAUUUUUAUCAACCAUUGGCAGCAACAACACUUUUACCUUAUGGUCAACUACGUAAGUUGUUUUUUUCUUGUUUCUUGAUUAAUGUGAUCUGCACUGCAAGAAAAAUAGCAGGUGUUCAAUAAAACCGAAAAAUAUAAUCUGUUUUUUUUGCAGAACAUCCAUUUUCGGCAACUAGACAACCGCAUCUAUUAUCUUUCGCAACACCUGGCCAAUUUAUGCCACAAUUUGUACCAGUCUCGAUAAUGGAUCCGGCUAUGUUAGCUACACAAGCUCAAUGGCCCGGAGCCGCUGGACAAUUUGCAGUUUUAGCGGGUGGUGCGCCAGCUCCAACACUGUUACAAAAUCUUGCCCAACAACAACUCGCUCAACACAAUCCACUCAACCAGGUUUUUGCGGCAACGCCCCAGAACUUUGGGAUGCCACAGUUCCUACCGGUACCUAACAACUUCACAGCAACAGCAGCUGCGGCCGCUGCAGCCGCUGCUGCAGUCGCUUCGAAUACCGGUAAUCCAUUGAACACGGCAUACUUGGUAAGUUUUUCGCACGCAAAUUAUAAAUAAUUGAUGUGGUAUUUUUUUUUGAAGGACGAGCCUGCGUGGGCACCAGGACCAGCCGUCCCCCAACAACAAAGAAAUGGAUCAACAUUGAAUGGCGCAAAACCGGCCAAACCGAAAAAGACAUCACCAGCUGCAUCGGUUAUAACAAUGUCGAGUGAUGAUGAUAGUAACGGCGCUGGGUAAGCAAUUUUGAGAGGGAUCUUUGAGAGUACGGUAGCGGGAGGAAUAGUUUUUUCUCUCUGGAAAAUUGAGAAUUUCAUAUGUGAAUCCAAAAAAAUAUAUUUGGCACACCAGAUUUCUGAAAAGUGCUUUGAAAUUAGAAAUGAAAACGUUUAUUUUCCGAAAAUAUGUUGAAAUUCGAACACUAAGAUCUUCACUUUUAAAAUUACAAAAUUGACUUUUAAUUUCUGAAAAAAAUGUAUAUAUUCUUCCAGUACCAAUAGAACUUAUCCAUAAACAAAAUUUAUUGAUCAGAAUCAAAAUGUGAUCACAAAAUCUAUAAUAAUUUGAUUUUUCAGAUCGUCAGGAACUAGCACAGCAGCUGUGGCAGCAACACGAGAUGCAGCAGUUCCAGCAAUCGCUCAACCAGUUGCACUACAACCCGAAGUAAAAAUCAAUCAAUUCAACGGUGACGCUCGAACUGCCGUUGUUCGCCCAUUGGAUGUUGCCAAGCAAAAUCCAAUCAAUUUUGACAAUGCAAAUUCGGCGGCAGGAGCUGCAGCACUUUUGAAACCAAUGUAUGAUGGAUUAUAUGCAGCCAACCUGUAUGAAGGAAUGCACGCUCAUCUAUUUGAUGCAGUCGCAAUGCAAAAGCCAACACUCAACGGAAAUCCUGGCUUGUUGCCAAACCCAUUUUUAGACCCAAAAACAUUUGCGGCAAGAAAUAUUCAUUAG